AUGGGCAGUGUUGGCAGUGGGGUGGCAGGAGAGCAGGAGUUUGCCAUGAAGUCUGUGGGCACGAGGACCACCCUGCCUCGGGCCCCUCCUCUCUCUCGCCGUUGUCCUGCCGACCGCAGCUGCAGCGCAGAACGGCUGCCCCGCCCCCCGGCGACUAUAUCUGACGGGACGGCAUCUAGCGAUGAACGAGGGAGUGUUAGUAUCGGAACUGGGACCUGUACUGGGACUGACCGGCCCACCGAAACAGCCUCCUCCACCAACACUGAAUGUACCAUGACAGCCCCAUCCAACAACAACCAGUUGGAGUGUGGCAACGGAGCGGGCAGGAGGGAGAGGGAGUGGGAGAGAGAGAGGGAGAGACAACCAAGCGAGAAGAACGGCGUUGGUAUGACCCAGCACCAGCACAGAGAGAUGGUGGCCGCGAGAACUGACAGUGAGAACAACCCGUCCAGCCACAACCCUCCAAACCAUAACCCACCCAAGAUUCUGCCAGUGUCUGGAAAACUGGAGCAGAACAACUCCGGCCUUGUUCGUCCCUCUGCCUUCAAGCCGGUGGUUCCCAAGAGCUUCCACUCCAUGCAGAACCUGGUGGGCCAGGCAGGAGGGGCUGGAAGCGAGGGCAAGACUGAGGCAAGGAGUGAAGGGGAUGGGGGAGGAGAGUCAGGAGAGGUCCCAGAGGCCCUGCUCCUCGACCAGGACAGCCCAGUAAGGGUCAGCAGAAGUGAGGGUGGGGGAAAUGGUAUUGAAGUGGUUCAGGGAGGGAUGUCUGACUCAGGGAGGAACUCCCUGACCAGCCUGCCCACCUACACAGGCUCAGGGUCUGGUUGUGGACCCCCAGCAGUCCUGGGGCCUCUAAGUGCUUCCACCAGCCACAUCAACAGGUUGGGCAUGGUUGGGGCAGCGGCAGGCCUGGACAAGCUAGAAAAGCCUGGCUACCAGAAUGGGUUAAGUGCUUCAGACAGCGGCCGCUCGUCCUCGGGAAAGAGCUCCUCAUCCUAUCAGAGGCUGAGCCACCUGAGUGAUGCCCCAGCACCUCUGCGCCCCUCACCCUCAUCUGAUGACAUCAUUCAGGACCUGGAGGACCGCUUGUGGGAGAAAGAGCAAGAGGUGCAGCAUAUGCGCCGCAACUUGGACCAAAGUGAGGCAGCAAUCAUUCAGGUGUUUGAGGAGAAGCAACGCGUCUGGGAGCGACAGAUGGAUGAGCUGAGACAGAACUAUGCCUCACGCCUGCAGCAGGUUACACGUCGUGCUCAGCGCUCCCAGACUGCCCUGCAGGCCCAGAUAACCCGUCUGUCCCAGGACAAAAGGAGGCUCCAGGAGGAGAUGGCGGCUCUGCUAGCCCAGAGAGAGGAGCUCGAGAGAAAGUGUCUGGAUUAUAGGAAGGAGCAGGCUGACAUUUUGCCUCGCCUGGAGGAGACCAAAUGGGAGGUGUGUCAGAAGGCAGGAGAGAUCUCCCUGCUGAAGCAGCAGCUGAGGGAGAGCCAGGCUGAGGUGACCCAGCGAGCUGGAGAGAUGGUGGCCCUGAGAGGCCAGCUGAAGGAGCUCAAUGCCCAGCUGAGGGAGCGGGAGGAGACCAUGCUGGGCCUGAAGGACUCCUACAGCACCAAGAGUCUGGAGCUGGAGAAGUGUGAGGGAGAGCUGAGGAGGACACUGUCAGAAGUGUCCAUCCUCAGAGAGAAACUGGGUGUAUUUGAGGCAGAGGUGCUUAGUCUAAAGCGGGCUCUGAAUGAAGUUAGCAGAGGAGCCGAAGUUGUCGUGAGCCCCAACUUAGCUGCUGCAGGACUGUUGCCACCCUGGGGAAUUGUGCACUGCCCACGAAACCCCUCUGAGCCCUCAACCAACUCCCUCACCCCCACGUCUGACACCCUACUGAGUCUUCAGAGUGAUGAAGCCAAAGCCCAAAGGCAGGAAGCAGGGGAGCUGCGCAGGCAACUAGAGCAACUUCAGGCUGCAUUACGUCUGGAGCGACAGCAACGGGAACGUCAGGCUCUCAACUUUGACCAGGAGCGACACACCUGGCAGGAUGAGAAAGAACGAGUUUUGAAAUACCAGGCACAGUUGCAGCUGAGCUAUGUGGAAACGCUGCAGAAGAAUCAGGCUUUGGAAAAACGCAUGAGCCAGUUGGGAGCUAAACCGGCUACAACCUCCACAACCACCACUAUCACUACCACCACCACUUCCUCCCCCUCCUCCUCUAAUUCUCCACCUCCACCGCCAGCCCUUUCACCUCUGUCUGCUCAGCCCCCUUCCCUCCCCGGUCCCAUCACCCUCACCCUCUCCCCCCCCUGUGAAGACCAGAAGGGGACGCCUUCUCUCCACCAGCUUGCCCCUCCUUGGGCAGGACCUUCACGCCUGGAGAGGAUAGAGUCCACUGAGAUAUAG